AUGGCAACAAGAAAAAAUCAACAAUUUGGUCAAACUUAUGAAAAUGCAAAUCCAAAUCAAAACGAUAAUUAUUAUAGUAUGGCACCUACUCAGCGUACUACACAACGUUCAUCAAUUGUUGGACCUGUUGAUAUGUCUGAAAUUAAAAAAUCAUUGAUUCGAAAUAAGGGUUUUGAAUAUCAAUUGAUGCCAGUUGAAAUCGAAAAAGAUGCAGAACUUGGAGUUGUUCUUGGUCAAAUUGAAGGUGAAAAAUGGAUAUUUAUUGAUGAAAUUUUACCAAAUGGAAUGAUUGAGAUGCAUGGUACACUUAAAGAAGGUGAUUAUUUAUUACAAGCAGGAGUUUACAGUCUUACGGAUAUUGAUAUUACUACAGCUUUACUACUUGUUGAACGUGCAUAUGAAGAAGGACGAAAGACUGUUUCAUUUGUUGCUGCUCGUCAACAAAAAGCAGAUACUGCAAAAGGUAACGCCAACGCUGCUGUUUCUAAACAACAACAACAACCGCCACCAGCUUAUGAAGAACAGCGUAAAGAAGCGAGAGCACAAUCAUUUGUUGAUUAUGAAAAUGCAGAAGAAGAAGAAUAUAAGGAUGAUGGUAAAGAUGUUCAAAACAAACCCAAAGGCAAGGCACUUCAUUCAAAUCGAAGAACUAAACCAGACGAUACACAAUUCUAA